AUGGCCGACGAGGGCAAGUCGUACAACGAGCAUGAUGACCGAGUCAGUGUCCCUCGAAGAAGGAAAGGCCGGGGUCCUUUCCGAUGGCCUGGGAACCGUCGCUCUGGAAGAGGAGGCUCUGGUAUUCGGUCUAACCGCCAGGAGGAGGAGGAUGGAGAUGUGGCAAUGGUUGAUGCCCAGGAUGGUCCCCGAAUACGAUACAACCCUUAUACCUCCCGACCCAACCGCCGUGGUGAUAAUUGGCAUGAUCGAGACCGCAUCCACGUUACCAUGCGGAGAGACAGAGCACCUCCAGAGAGGGGGGGAGCUGGCACCAGCCAGGAUGGGACCUCCAAGAACUGGUUCAAGAUUACAAUUCCAUAUGGCAGAAAGUAUGACAAAGCAUGGCUGCUGAGCUUGAUUCAGAGCAAAUGCAGCGUCCCCUUCACGCCAGUUGAGUUUCACUAUGAGAACAUGCGGGCCCAGUUUUUCGUGGAGGACACCAGCACCGCUUCUGCUCUGAAGGCCGUCAACUACAAGAUUGUUGAUCGGGAGAACCGAAAGAUAUCAAUCAUCAUCAACCCUUCUGCUCCACCCCAGACCGUGCAGAAUGAGCUGAAACCAGAGCAGGUAGAGCAGCUAAAGCUGACCAUGAGCAAAAGAUAUGACGACUCCCAGAAAGCACUCGACCUCAAGGGCCUGCGUACUGACCCAGAUUUGGUGGCACAGAACAUCGAUGUUGUCCUGAGCCGCAGAAGCUGCAUGGCCGCCUCCCUGCGAAUCAUUGAAGAGAACAUCCCUGAGCUAUUAUCUUUGAACUUGAGCAAUAAUAGGUUAUUCCGAUUAGACGAUCUAUCUAAUAUAGUGCAGAAGGCACCGAACCUCAAGGUCCUUAACCUCUCAGGAAAUGAGUUGAAGUCUGAACGAGAGCUGGAUAAGAUCAAGGGGCUGAAGCUAGAAGAGCUCUGGCUCGAUGGAAACCCGCUGUGUGACUCCUUCCGGGACCAGUCCACCUACAUCAGCGCCGUUCGCGAACGAUUCCCCAAGUUACUACGCCUGGACGGCCAUGAGUUACCUCCACCAAUUGCCUUUGAUGUCGAAGCCCCCACAAUGCUACCGCCCUGCAAGGGAAGCUACUUCGGAACUGAGACCCUGAAGAGUCUGGUCUUGCACUUCCUGCACCAAUACUAUGCCAUUUACGACUCUGGAGAUCGGCAGGGCCUCUUGGAGGCCUACCAUGACGGGGCUUGCUGUUCCCUGAGCAUUCCCAUCACCCCCCAAAAUCCUAACCGAAGCAACUUGGCAGAGUACUUCAAAGACAGCAGGAACGUGAAGAAGCUUAAAGACCCUAGCCUGCGGUUCCGACUGCUGAAACACACGCGUCUCAACGUCGUUGCUUUCCUCAAUGAAUUGCCCAAAACGCAACAUGACAUCAACUCCUUCGUGGUAGACAUAAGCGCCCAGACUAGCACAUUGCUGUGUUUUUCCGUCAGCGGAGUCUUUAAAGAAGUGGAUGGGAAGUCUCGAGAUUCCAUGCGAGCCUUCACCCGGACAUUCAUUGCUGUUCCUGCAAGCAAUUCAGGGUUGUGCAUCGUAAACGACGAGUUGUUUGUACGGAAUGCCAGUCCUGACGAGAUCCAGAGAGCGUUCGCCAUGCCUGCUCCCACGCCGUCCUCCAGCCCCGUGCCCACGCUGUCCCCGGAGCACCAGGAGAUGCUGCAGGCUUUCUCCACCCAGUCCGGCAUGAACCUCGAGUGGUCCCAGAAGUGCCUUCAGGACAACGACUGGGACUACACCCGAUCUGCACAGGUCUUCACACAGCUCAAGGCGGAGGGCAAAAUCCCAGAAGUAGCGUUCAUGAAGUGA